CCCAUUCAACAACUCUCCCAUCUCAAAUUCAACUUCUGUACAAAAUAAAAACACAAACCUAAAAGAAUUGUAUUGUUUUCCUUAGAGUCGGUCUUGUUUAAUUUCGAAAGAAAUGGGGAGCGGAGACAAACACCAUCAUUUGAAAUUCCAUGUUCAAGUGCACCUGCCUAAUUUUCACUUUCAUCAUCAUCACCAUCAUCAUCAUGGACAUGGGCAUGAGAAUAUUGAGGAAUUCAGGGACAUACCAAGAGGGUGCGUUGCGGUGAUGGUUGGUCAAGGGGAAGAGCAACAGAGGUUUGUCAUACCAGUGAUGCACAUCAAUCAUCCUCUCUUCAUCCAGUUGCUCAAAGGAGCUGAGGAUGAAGUUGAAUUUCAUCACAAUGGUCCUAUUAAUAUCCCUUGUCAUGUCGAGGAGUUUCGUUACGUUGAGGAUAUCAUAGACAAAGAUAAUAAUAAUCACCACUUAUGGUGCUUCAAGGCCUGAUUUAGUGUGUAUAUAUUUGCUUGGGUUAUUUCUUGUUUUAGGUGAUCCACGUUCUUUAAGGUCAUCUAAAUUACGGUCUAAGCCCUGUUUUUUCCUUUUCUUGAUUAUAUGUGUACCCAUGACGAUGACGAAAAUUGAAUGAAAAUACAGCUGCCUCUAGAUUUUUCUUC